GAAUUCGUUUCUUCCUUUGCCUUCCGUUCAAACAGGAUCUUCUUCUUGUUCUUCAUUCUCUCCCGUAUUUUCUCUUCCAAGACUUGUAUUUCACACACUGAGAUCAGCUUCUACCAUGGCUAGCCAAUCCACGAAGGACCACAAAUCCAUUCAUGAUUUCACCGUCAAGGAUGCUAGGGGAAACGAUGUGGAUCUUAGCAUUUACAAGGGAAAGGUCCUAUUGAUUGUUAAUGUUGCUUCCCAAUGUGGUUUGACCAACUCGAACUAUACCGAGCUGAGUCAGUUGUAUGAGAAUUACAAGGAUAAAGGCCUAGAGAUACUUGCAUUCCCAUGCAAUCAGUUUGGAGGGCAAGAGCCAGGCAGUAAUGAGCAGAUCUUGGAAUUUGCCUGCACUCGCUUCAAAGCUGAGUAUCCAAUCUUUGACAAGGUCGACGUCAAUGGUGGCAAUGCUGCUCCAAUCUAUAAGUUCUUGAAGUCGAGCAAAGGAAGUAUAUUUGGAGACAACAUAAAAUGGAACUUUUCAAAGUUCCUGGUUGACAAGGAUGGCAACGUGGUUGACCGUUAUGCACCUACAACUUCUCCUCUUAGCAUUGAGAAGGAUGUAAAGAAGUUAUUGGGUGUCUCCUAGGAGCUGAGAUACUAAAGGAUCUUAUUCCAUUUUCGUUUUGAGUAAAUAAAGAACUGGGAAUAACUGCGAUUAAUUGUAAUGAAUUAUGCUUCUGAGACUGCAGUUAUUUAUAAAAUUGCAAAAAAAAAAACUAUGCUUUAUUUCAAUAAACGUACUUCAUAAUAGCUGGAUCCAAAGAUGAAUGACUAUGGUUGAUAUCUCCUGUGCUUAGGAUCACAUUUUGGGAAAAAUAAUUCCUUACUGGUA